AUGAUCUUCUCCGACUUUUACAGAAGUCCUCGCUCGCCUUUGUCCAAGCUUCGCCUACACCAUCCCCAACUUCCCGUUCAGCUGCCUACGACACCCCCAGAGUGGGUUGCCGAUGAGUAUGCCGACCUCCUCAGCAAAGACAAAUCCAAACAAAAGGAUGCUGUGAAGCGCUACCUGACUGACAAAGUUCGCAAUGACUGGGAAUUCACCUGGCCCCCUGCCAUCCCCGAGGAAGGGUUGGUUUCUGAGCUUGACGAGCAACUUGCAGCCGUCGAGCUACCAAACCAUGACGUCCCUCCAACGCAAAACGCAGAGCCUCAGCCUAUUGCUAGUGAAGAAGAUGGAUAUAAAGGGGAGGAAGGCACGGAGCUCGACGAGUCCCAAUCUGAUAUUGGUCAAGGCAAUGCUAUUGACGAUGAUAAUGAUGACGCCGAGUCCGUGUACAGUGUAAUGUCAGAAGACGCAAUACACUACCGCCCCCGAACGGAAUGGACAUCGGAUCUGUCAGACGAUGAGGACUUACCGUCAAAAUCAUCACCCUUUCGCUUCGACAACCCGGAAUCCAUCCAGUCGACUGUUCAGGAAAUUGUCCAGGCAAAAAAGGCUCGUAGAAGACGUGCUCUGCGAGAAGAGAUGGGAUGGAAUGAGGGACUCGCCUGCUUUGAGGCACGCCGCAAUGCCUGGACUGCUGCGAAGACGGUUCGUGUUCGGAGCAAGCCUUUAACCACGCCUCCAGCAUCGCCACGAUCCCCAAGACGAUUCUUCUUCCGUCGCUCAAUGUCUGGGUCGCCACCGAAUCCCGCCGCCGCAGUGGUUUCCCAAACUGGGGAUAGCUGCGGUGCGAUAUCCGACUCUUCGUCCGUUUCAAAGGAUGCGGAAAAGGGCCUGCAGAAACAUCGAAGCACCGAUUCAUCCGCGUCUGACUCAACCAAGGGCUUUGUUUACCCCGUCGAGACCUUACUCCCCAUUGGACAACCACUACUGCCGCCUUCAAAUCCCCUGCGAGCUUCCAUUUCCCCAGCUGUUUACCUGAGCCUUUAUGACAAGGUCAUCUUGCACAACCUACAGCCGGCAUGCCCCAUAAAUCUGUCCGACAUGUUGCGGUCUUGUGUCGCCGGAUGGAAGCGAGAUGGCGAAUGGCCGCCUCGUGGAUCCGCACCCGAUCCAAUGCCGGGGUCCCGAAAGAAGAAGAAGAAGCCAUCCACUGCGACCAAUGACAAUAACGGAAACGGCGUUAGGCGCCUGAGUUUUGGAAUCCUUGGGCGUGACAGGGAUGAAGAGACCGGCACUAGCAAAGGCAUUCGACGCAGCCUGCAGAGAGCGCUUGGAAUUGGUGUCAUGGCUGGCAUGGGAGAGGCGUGA